AUGGAGUGGAUCGAGGUCAUCAAUGGAUCCGUUCUCUCAAAGAAGACCAACAUCAACGGCAAACAUGACUGUAUAGGUUCGUGCACCAGCGUCCUGAUUAGACGUAAUCAGAUACGAUCCAACUUCCACGACGAUAUCAAAGAUCCAACUGAAGAAACUUCGGCCAUGGGCUUCGACCUCUUUGAUCGGUAUGGUCGGCUCAAGCCUGUCUUCAAGAAGGACCCGGUUCGAUCUGGUUCCGGUAUCUGGGGCGAUGAGUUGGAUCAUGGCGACAUUCUCUUAAUCGACCAAGUGAGUAUCAACGAGUGUCACAGGCGUCAAGGCCUUGGCCGGGAAAUGGUUCGCGACAUCCUGCAAAAAGCAAUGGCCAAGUGCGAUCCCCAGACAUUCGUCGCCAUCGCUUGUUCGGCCGCGUUAAACUCGGAAGUCAGAGACGAGUGCGAGAAUAAAAGUGAUGAAGAGCAAAGACACAUAUACGACAGGGAGGAGCGAACGGCGGAAUGUUUCUUAAGGUCUUUGGGGUUUCGGCGUAUUGGCUACACGGAGUGGUUCGCUUUCCUCCCAGGGAAUACGCAACAUGCGUGUCAAUCUCUGCCUGCCGACAAAGAUUUCGACCCGCCCAGGCCAACACCAGCUCACACAACCAAUAUCUUCUUUGAAACGCUGCUGGACGAAUUUGAGGCAACCAAGGGCGAUACUGCUCGGUUAGCAGUGAUUCAGAAGGCUCUCGAAUCCUACGGGCCGGAGGAGGACAUCUGGGUCUUGGCUGACAGACGCGGCAACACCUUACUACAUCACGCAGCAGCCUUUGAGAAUCCGUCAUGUGUCAAAUGGAUCCUCGAGAAGUGUCCGCGCCUAAUCACAAUUCGGAAUUACAUGGGAGGGACGCCACUCGAGUUGUGCCAAGAACAAAUAGAUGAUACCCGCACUCAGCAUGGGAUUUCGGAUAAAUUCACUGGCUGCUCGCAGCCUUUUUUGGACAUCCUCUCGACUUUGAAAGGACUGAGCGACCCUUCACCAGAAGAGUUGCAACGGCUCAGGUACGGCUGCACCUGCGGACAGUGUCAAGAGGGCUUCAUGAGCCCGCGAAUGCAUUUGGCACUCCGCUGUUGCGCAGCAGACGCCGGGGACAUGCUCUCUGACGAUGCGGAUAAUAGUGAUGGCGACUACUUUGUAGAGAAGAAUAGGCUCACUCUGAAGUAUCUGCAACCCGGGGUACGCGACAACCUGCGCACAAACAAGUCCAUGAGGCAAGGAUUUGCCAGCAUUUUGGGCCACUUUGCCCGGCUUCUGCGAGACCACACGGAGCCUCCCCACGUGCACAAGAUCCUCGAGAUGACCAGAUCCUCGAGGGAGUGGCCACCCGUUACCAAGACCUAUCUCAGCCGCGGUGGCACCGUCGAGGCAGUGGGUUCCGCCCUCUUCGCCAGAGCCAUGGACGAGUCGCUGUGGGCUGUGGGCGGAAUAAUCUGGGAUCUCUAUGCAGAUGAGAUGGAGGCGCUGCCGGCUUGUCGCAACGAUGACGAGUUUGGGUUCGUGAGCGGCCUAUGUGGUUAUAAGCGUGUCCGUAGGGUCCAGUAUGUGUCGAUGACUGGGAUUCCGCUCGAUGACGAUUUCUAG